AGAGAAACCAAUACCACAAAGCCCACUUACUCAGCAUCCGAAGCCCAACGCAUCGUGGACACAAUCGACAUCCACCAGAAGGCCCUGGACGACCUGGUCAACGUCAACUCCCUCUUCACCAUCGCCGUCUUCGUGGGCCUGUCCCUGGCCCACCGCGGGGAGCGCAGCCUGGAGGACCGGGCCGAGUGCGACGCCGACCCGAACAUCCCGAAACGGCUCGUCGUUUCGGAGGUGGUCUCGUUCGCCUGCUUCCUGCUGUCCAGCCUCGUCGCCAAGACACUGAAAGUCCACCUCAACAUCUACCGCCACAAGGCUGACGUCAUGCGGAGCAACGCCCUGAAGGCGAUAAGGGGAGGCCUUUUGAUGCUUUCCGCCUGGGGAUCGAUUCUCGGUUGCUUGUUUCUCACGCUGUCGAUGGUGGACGUGAUACAGAUUCGGGUCGGGAAGAUCUCGUGCGGCAGCGUCUACGCCGUCAGGGCGGCGGGGUCGCUGGUGGCGAUCGUGUUCCUCGCGCUGUCCAUUUAUGUGCCGUUUAUGAUGCAUGCCAUCUAUGUCUCGAUGAAGCAUGUUUAA